CGUUUCAAAAACGUUGCGUAAACGGUGAUUGCAUGAUUUUUUUUCUUAUCACUACUAGGUUGAGGUAGGUAAUUAAAUUAAAUUAAUUAAAUAAAGGUGAUUGUUUUAAGUUGAAAUUAGAAGAAGACUAUGAUGAAAAUCUUUCUCUCAUAUUAUUAGAAGCAUGACUGGUGCGUCGUGUCUACUGUGUAUGAAUGGUAUCCACAGUAUUUUAGUGGUGUUAAGCCGCCGAACCUGAAGUAGAUACGAUUCUAGUUUAAUCAAAGCCAACGAAAUCUCCAACACCAUCACUGAUCUAGGAUUUCCUAGUUAUUAAUGAAAUGACCAAGACUGUCGAAAUUAUGAGUUGUUACUGUUCCAGCCUUUACCGGUGAGGCGGUGACCGCUCUGCAGAAUUUUGCUUUCGAAAGUUUACCCAUACCAAAGUGGUUUAUAUUGCUCCUUUGAAAGAUCUCGUAAAAGAACUGAGAGAUUGGAAAGUAAGAUUUCAAAGGAAACUGAAAAAGAAAUUGUCGAAUUGACGGGUGAUGUUACGCCCGACAUACAAGCCAUCUCAUCCGCAUCCAUAAUUGUAACAACCCCUGACAAAUGGGGCAGUAUUUCACGUAGUUGGCAAACACGUACUUAUGUGAAAAAAGCUGUCUUGAUGAUAGACGAAAUUCAUCUUUUGGGAGAAGAUCGUGGACCGGUAUUGAUAGUAGGUAAUUGUUUCUCGAACAAACUUCAUCGUUUCUCAUAUCGAAAAGAAUAUUCGUAUUGUUGGAUUAUCGACUACUUUGGCCAAUGCGCAAGAUUUAGCCAAUUGGUUAAGAAUGGACGAAAUACGAAUGUACAAUUCUAGAUCAUCUGUUAGACCCGUGCCUUUGGAAGUGCAUGUUAGCGCUUUCCCGGGCAAAUAUUAUUGCGCACGAAUGGCUUCCAUGAAUAAGCCAGUUUUCUAAGCUAUCAAACAGUAUUCGAUUUCUCAGCUUGUUCCUGUUUUGGUUUUUGUGUCUUCUCGCAGACAGACUCGUCUUACUGCGAUGGAUUGGAUUUACUUGCGCAAUUGGCCUCCGAAAAUAAUUCUAAGCAGUGGCUUAAAAUCAAAGAAAACAAAAUGGAUAAAAUAUUGGAAACGAUGGAAGAUGAUACUUUUAAAAAUGGUAUUAGGCUUUGGAAUAGGCUUACAUCACGCUGGUCUUCAGGAAAACCGAAAACCAUCGUAAAAUUGUCGAAGAAUUGUUCGAAUAUUAACAUAUUCAAAUUUUAACCUUAGUCUACUUCAGCAUUAGCCUGGGGAGUAAAUUUUCCUGCACAUCUGGUUAUCGUUAAAGGAACCGAGUACUACAUAUGACUGUAAAAGCCAUCGCCACGUUGAUAUGCCCAUCAAAGAUAUUCUGCAAAUGAUGGGAAAAGCUGGUCGACCGCAGUUCCAUAAAUCAGGCAUAGCUGUUGUAAUGGUGCGUGAUGUGAAGAAAGGUUUCUAUAGAAAAUUCCUUUACGAACCGUUCCCCGUGGGAUCGAAUCUAUUGGCUGUUUUACCUGAUCAUCUGAAUGCCGAAAUUGUUGCUGGAACGUUUAGAACAUGGCGCAGCAAGAAGAUGUCAAUGAUUUCCUGAGAAAUUUGAACAAAGGCGCUGUAACGACGUUACAGAACUCGCAUUGCGUUGUUUUAGACGAGCCACAAUGCCAUGCAACAUUUCGCUAUAACAAGCUGAAAUCAGAUAAAUGAGUAUCAAAAAUCUCCUUCAUGUUGUAUCGCAUGCUUCCGAAUACUACGAAAUUCCCGUGCGUCACAGUGAAGAAAUUUAUGACACAGAAUUGGCGAAAUGUUGUCCAGUGAAAGUAGACCCAUCUACUUACGAUUUUCCGCAUUCGAAAACGUAUUUAUUAUUACAGGCUCAUUUUUCCCAUCUCGUUUUAGUUUGUACCGAUUAUCAAACUGAUUUGAAAUCUGUUCUGGAUCAGUGUUUAAGAAUUUUGCAAGCUAUGAUUGAUGUCUGCGGUGAACGUGGAUGACUGGUUUCUACCCUUCGUGCUCAACAAUUGAUACACAGAUGUUGGUUCCAGGUCGUUGGGUGACGAAUCAUCCUUUGCUAACGUUGCCUCACAUAGAACAGAGACACGUGUACUUGUUUACCUCCGGCGUUGCAUGAAACUGUGUGAUCGUUAUUCCGAAUUGAUGAACAUGCUGCAGAAUGAGUUCACUAAAUCGCAGAUCAAUUCGAUUUACGAGGUAUUGUGUAACUUGCCAAAAAUUCAAAUCAAUUUUACAAUAUCGGAAUCUAUACAGCAGAAUAAAUUUGACGACGAGGCGAAUAAUGCUCCCAAAAUCGAAGUCGUGGAUUUACACAAACCUAUUGUCGUUCACUCAGGAAAACAGUACGUGCUGAAUUUGAGAAUGAUUCAGCUGGCUAACCGGAAGGAUAUACGGGUUCAUGCUCCAAGAUUCCCUAAACCUAAAGGUGAAAGUUGGUUCCUAACAUUAGGUUGUAUUAGAACGAAAGAUUUACCGUCUAUGAAAAGGUUCACAUUUGGGCGAAGAACACGUGUCUUUCAUUAUUUAAUUUACAAGGUUCCUGAUAAAACUGGUCGAGAAUGAAUAAUCAUAUACCUCAUGUUCGAUUCAUAUCUUGGAUUAGAUCAGCAGUACAAUAUCACGUUGGAUAUUGUUUCUUAGAAACAUUUUGAUAGCCAAUUUUUGUCACCCUUUUUCACGUUUUUGUUUUGUGAUUAAUUAUAUACCUACCUACUUAUUUUUGUUACCUACUGAAUAUAAACAGAACGUAAAUUUAUAUUUUUCGUAUUUCAUAAGGUACCCACAUAGAAAAAUGCAAAAUCGUGAAAAAAAUUAGAUAAUUUUAUUAUUAUUUAUCAUCUAUAUCCAUAGAACAGUCUACAUUUGUACAAUCGCCACUUCCAACGUUGGUACAUUUACAGAAUUUUGUUUACUGCUUCGCGAUGUACUACAUAUUUAAACUGGCGAUAUCACGUUCUAAAUCUGUAUCCAACAACGAACCGUGAUUUUCUAGACAACGUUCUCGAUAAUGCUAAAAGUUUGUUUCAAUGGCUUUAAUAGCAUCUUCAAUUUUCAGGAAAUUAUAACAUGUAAGUAUUUUUAAUUUAUAAACGAGGGCAGAAAAACUCAGAAAUCGACAAUUCUUCAUUUUUAUUUCAUUUUUUUACUUUUUAGUUUUUGGACCAAAUUUUGCUCUUUUCAAAAAUAACUGAUUUGACACAAAUUAGAAAUCAUUGUUUCUAAAUUUUCUGCGGAAAAUAGGAUAUUUUUUGAUAUUUCUGCAAAAGUUGGGACCUUAUGGCAGUUUUUUUUUACAAUGCAUUGGAGAGACUUUCUUUUGGACGAAAUUUUGUAUUCGAUACUCGCUCAAAAAGUAUCGAUAAGUAUCGAAUUUUGACACCACUAGUCUGGAGUCUGGUAGAGGGAUUUUUGGAAAAUUAAAAAAAAAUUUAGUUUACUACUUCAAAGUUGUCAGUUUUCAACUGUAGGUAACACUGCGAUCUAGAAUUGUAAACAAAAAUAAGUAAGGUGCGCAACCGACUUCACAUUCACAACUUCACUAGAAAAACGUUAAAUUGUUAUCUGCUCUACCAAGUUUACUGCAUUCGAAUUUGUAAAAUAUCCAUGAUGGAUUAUUAAUUAGAAUUAGAAAUUAGUGUCAGUAUUGCUGCCCUCGGAAAUCAUGGACAGCUGCAAGUCCCAGUGCAACGUAUGUUUAGCGGAUUUCGACGACAUCGAAGACCUCGCGAUUCACAAUUUGGACCAUCUCGUGAUCUCAAUUUCAUCAGUCCCGCUAUGCCCAUUUUGUGAAAUAGAAAUGCCGGCUUUGGCAGACUUCUGCCGUCAUGUUUUAAACCAUUUCAUCGAAGGUGAACUGGAACAGGCGAGAUUCAUUGAAUGGUUGUCGAAACAGAAUAGCGAUGACUUCAACAGUACGAAUAGAACAUCAAAAGAAGAGUGGAAACCAGUAACGGUCGAAGUAUUUGAAGUACGGUUACCAGUCAUUACUCGAGAUUUCAAAUGCUUGUAUUGUAAUAAGAUGUUCGGUGGUCAAGGCCAAAAAAGCGUGAACCACAUCUUGAGCCAUUUUCCUCAAAUCUCUAGUCGAAGAAAAGUACAUGUGGUGCUGUGGUUCACGAGGUUUUUCGAAACUGUGGAAUCGACUUCCAUUGUUGAAACUUACUGCAAUUAUCUUCACGAGAUCAAAAAACUUGAUUCGAAUUCGCACCUGUUGGAGAAAAUCUCAAUGUUCGAAAAUGAUAACACGAAUAAAUGUCGUCUAUGCCAAUGUCAACUACCAGAUGCAGCAAGUUUAUAUACUCAUUAUUUUAAUUAUCAUGAUACUCCCAUAGUAUCUUAUUGGAACUGCUCGAUAUGCAAUUAUAAAGAAGCAGAUAGCACCGAAUUCGUGAACCACGUGUAUACAAAACAUAUGAGAUGUAUUUGUGGUAAAAAAUACCGAAGUUUCGAUUCUUGUCUUAAACAUUCGAAUAAGUGUUUCCGAGCUUGCCCUUACUGUAAGGUCAAACUCCCUUUCGAAUCUAUGAUCAGGCAUUUGAAUAGAGGAAGAAAAGAUUUAAUCUGUCCGUAUUGUGGCGAUAGAGAACACGAUUUGGAAAAGUUGAAAAGCCACGUACGUAGCUGCUCUUCGCCAGUUCCUGGUGUUUCUUGUCCGACCUGUAAGAAUUUCAGAUUCAACGAAGACGCGAAAUUAAAGGAACAUUUGUUAGAAUGUAAACCCUGGUUCGAUGAUUCUAGUGAGAAUAAGCCUUGUCAACCGUCACCGUUUCUUGAAAAAAAUAACCGCAUCAACGUUUACGAUAUUCGAAGUUAUUUGGACGAAAAAAUAGUUGGUAUGAUAGAAGAUAAGUUUCUAUAGUAAUUCAUCUAUGUUAAUGCUUUGUUAAUUUUUCCUUUUUGAGUAUUAUUUUUAAGAAAUGACGAUUUCCUGUUAUGUUGUUGGGAAGAAACGUGUGUUCUACUCAACUAACUCUGUUUACUUGAUUUAAGACUGAAUUUUUUACAAUUAUUUGUCAGUAUUUUGUACACUUCAUCUUCAUUGUAUCAAUGUGAGAAUAUAUGAUAGGUACUUUGAAAAAUGAGCUCUCUUGCAAUAUAUUUAUUUUUUACAUCACUUCAA